UCCGGUGUUCCGGUAUGCUAUGAGCUUCCGCAGAGUGUACUAACUUUCAUUUCUGAAGUGUUGGUCAGUGCUGGCCCCGCCUUCCUCCUCUGCCUUCUCCUUUUCCUCUUUCUCUGGGUCUGGCCCCGUGGGGCUGUGGCAGGGCGGCUGUAGGUGUCUACGGAGUCGAGGCACCCUGGGGCGGGAUGGUGCCUCAGAGCCAGGCUAGCUGAUGUACGAGAUCAAGUGAUAUUUGCUGUUCGUCAGGAAUAUGUCCAGCUUGGAGAUCAACUCCUGUUCCUACAACCAGGCGACGAGAUUGCAGUUAUUCCCCCCAUUAGUGGAGGAUAAUAUCGCUGGGCUGUUGGGGGAAUCUAUGAGUUCAACUGAAGACAAACCUAAAGAUAUAAUUAAAUUCACUCCUGAGAAACUCUCAGUAGAUGAAGUCUCACAAUUGGUGAUUUCUCCUGUCUGUGGAGCAGUAUCUCUAUUUGUGGGGACUACAAGAAAUAACUUUGAAGGGAAAAAAGUUGUUAGCUUAGAAUAUGAAGCCUAUGUACCAAUGGCAGAAGCUGAAGUUAGAAAAAUAUGUAAUGCUGUUAGACAGCAGUGGCCAGUCAAGCACAUAGCCAUAUGCCAUCGGCUUGGCUUAGUUCCAGUAACAGAAGCAAGUGUGGUCAUUGCUGUUUCUUCAGCACACAGGGCUGCAUCUCUUGAAGCUGUGAAAUAUAUCAUUGAUACAUUAAAGGCCAAAGUUCCAAUUUGGAAAAAGGAGCUCUAUGAAGAAGAAACAUCAUCUUGGAAAAGAAACAAAGAAUGCUUUUGGACAAAAAAUGACUAAUUUUUACUAAAUGAGAAUUUAGAGCUCUAAAAAUUACUCUACUGUAAUUAAUUGUAUGUUGUUUUCCUUUAUUCCUGAGUCUUUUUGAUCUUUCUGAAGCAUGUGUGAAGUCAAUUAUUUAGGAGACUUUGAGCCUGAGUGCCCCAGCAGUGGGACAUAGAUCACAGAGUCACAUAUCUGACGCCUAACACUGUGUCCUGGUGCAGCCAGUGUCAGUAUGAAUGUCCCAAGUGUUAAUGUGCCAGAGCCACUGGAACAUAGCCCCACUGAAGGGCAGAUUGGCAUGACACUUGAAAGCCAUUGGCCAAGGAAAGGGAGGUGGAGCCAGUAGGAUUCAAAAAGUGACAGUGGGAAGCUGAGUCACUCUCUGGACUUCCAUACUGGUGUCUGGGGUGAGGAGGAGGAGUGGGUUCUCUCUGAGGUUUUUCUUAUGUGAUUUGACUAUCUCUGGCUAGCAGGGCCUCAGCCAUCCAGUUAAAUGGAGAAUCAGAUCUACCCAUAAAGUUAGAAGGGCUGAGAUCUCUCUCUCUCUCUCUCCUAUCUAUUCUUCUCUCUUUACUAACAAAUGUUUAUAAAUCUGGAAUUUUAAAGUCAUCAUAACUUCUCAGAGCCCCAUUUUUCUCAUCUUUUUAGUGAGUAUGAUACUACCUAACUUAGAGCAGAGAAACAUUUGGUAAACUUUAAAAUACUUUGCAAAUUUAGUUCAGCAAGGCCAUGCAUGAUAUUUGGUCAAAGACAGGUUCUCUUAUGGCAUCCCAGUGAAGCAACUGGGAAAAAGCAAAGGGGGGAAUUUCGGAAAGAGAAGUUGGGAGGAAUAAUGAUAUGAUUUCUAUUUAGGGAAUGAUAAAAUAAUCAUGUUCUCUUACCAAGCUGAUUUUGUUUCUGCUUACACAAGUAUGUCUCUCUUUCCCUCUUACUGCUAUCUUUUACUGAUAUUUCCUUCUCCUUCUAGGAGAGCAGGAAUGACAUAAGUAUCGGUAAAGUUGGAAUGAGGCUCCAAUCAUAGUUAUUUUCAACUCCUGAACUGGAGUAUGACACCAAGAAGCAAAGUAUUUUGAAGUUAAUAAUUUCAAUCUAACUUGAGAGUGUUUUGUGAGAGAGCCUUUUUUAAGCCUUUUGAGAGAGCCUUUGUGCUUUUAAUACUUAAUUUCCAAAUAGAUAUAAUCACUUAACUCUAGAAAAACAUAUAUGUAGAAAAAGAUAUAUCCUUAAGUUCCCAGGGAAUGAAAGAGCAGUUAAUUUUUUUUCAAUGAGAUAAUAGAAUUAAUGUUAUAUAUGUUUAGAAACUUCAGUGUUCUUUCUUGCCACAUAUCAAUGCAAGUGCAUUUUUGCUGAGUCAUUCUCAGUUCUAAUUGAAUUUUAAAGUCAGUAGUUAUAAAAUUGGGAAAUUGUACUAGUUAAUUAUGUUACUUAUUGGGCCCAUUAAGGUCUUGUAUGAACUGGUUCAGAUUGAAGUGAGCAGAACUAGAAAAUGAUUUAUAAUAUACCAUUAUAAAGAAAAACAAUUUGGAAAGGCUUAGGAACCUUGAACAGUUCUAAGGGCUUAGAGAACUGAGUGUGCUGGCCCCCCCCCCCCCCAUCCUUCUCCCGAAAGAGAAUGGUGAUAGACUCAAGGCUCAGAAAGAGAUAUACUUUUUUUGUAAACAGCCAGUUUGGAAAUUUGUUUUGCUUGAUGUUAUUAAGGUUUUUAUUUUUGGACAACUGUUUUGGUCUUUAUUUUUUCCUUAGUCAGGGUGAAGAGAGGAUUGAAUGUGAGAGGAAGGGUAGAUAUAAGAAAGAAAAGUCAUUGAACCAUUAAAAAAAUUAUGGAGGCAAACUGAGGGAAAACCAGAAAGAACCACAGACAAGUAGUUUUAUAAGUUACAUACUGAAUUUAUUAUAAAAAGAAAAACAAUCUGUAAUUUGUGGCUUUAUAUAGCAUCCUCUUUUUCUCUUUUACUUUGUAUAUGAAAAUACUCAUUUUAUUUGGUAUUUAAGUCCAGAAAGAAAUAAUAAAAGCAAAAUAUUAAA